AUGAUGAAGUAUUUUAAUCAACAAUUAAGAGAUGAAUUACCAUUAAAUUGUUCAAUUUAUGAAGGAGCAUCAACAUUUAAUUUUAUAUUACUGAUUUUAAUAUCAUUUGGUAUAAUUAUAAGUUAUUUACCACAAUAUAAAAGAAUUUAUGAUAAAAAAACAUCAGAAGGUUUAUCAACUAAUUUUUUAUUAUUGGGAUCAUGUUCAUCAAUUUUUACAAUAACAAAUAUAAUAUUAAUUAGUUCAAGAGCAAGAAAAUGUUGUUAUAUUGGAGCAUUAAAUACUUUUAAUUGUAUAAAUUCUCAAUUAAAUUUAUUUCAAAUUAGUAUACAAUGUGUUUGUGCAAUUCUAAUUCUAGUAUUUGUAUUAAUAAUAACUAAAAAUUCAAUAAAACAAGAUAAAGAAGAAUAUAAAAAAAUUGUUAUAGUUGGUAAAAUUGUUUUAUUUCAUGGUGUAAUAUCAAUUAUUCAAAUAAUAUUUGGUUAUACAAAUAUUCAAUAUCUAUAUUCAAUUGCAAAUGUAAAUGGUUUAUUAUCAGCAGCAUUAACUAUAAUAAAAUAUGUACCACAAAUUCAUACUACUUAUACUUUAAAACAUCCAGGUACUUUAUCUAUAGGAAUGAUGUGUAUACAAACUCCAGGUGGAUUUGUAUUUGCUUCAACUUUAAUUUUUACAAAAGGUUCACAUUGGAGUUCAUGGGUAAGUUAUUUAGUUGCUGCAUGUUUACAAGGUAUUCUUUUGUUGUUAUGUAUAUAUUAUGAAUAUAUUAAACCAAAAUAUGAAUAUGAAUCAAUACCUGAAGAAUUAGAAAGUCAAGAAAUUGAAAGAAUUGAGGAACAAAAUAGACAAAAUAAUUAG